AUGGAUCCUGCGUCAUACGGGAUUUAUGUGGUUGAUCGGCGGUUUAAGGACUAUGAAGGUACAAUACGUGAUCUGGCACAAGUGCUGUACAACUUUUGUGGGCUUUCGCGACGUCAGCGCAUCAUAAUGCGUAAUCGCACAGAACGACUCAGCGAACUACUGGACUGGAAGAGUUUAGGAAUAUUUUACAGGAAUGCACGAAGGAUGGCAUUAGAAAGACUGUAUACAAAUCUGAAUGAAAUAAUCGACAGAAACAUUGGUACCGUACCAUCAGCAUCACAAAGUAGAAGGCAAAGCUUUGUAAGUUCUGAGGAGGAAAAUGACUAA